GCAGAGGAUUGAUUCUGGACUGUACUACCCUUCACUCUGUCUAUAAAGAAGGAGAUAUUUUUGUAGCCACCUCUCUCUGAUAUUUCAGCUUAAACCCUAGCGAGCCGCAUUGCUCUUCCCUCUUCCAUUCGGAACUCAGUUACUCCAAGUUUAGGCAGCAGUCAUAAUGGCGUUUUCUACUACGGUUGGAAAUGUCUUGAGGCAGGGUGCUGCUCGCAGCACACAAGCACCUGUUGCAUCCAUGCUUAAUUAUAUUCGCUGCAUGUCUUCAAGCAAGCUUUUCAUUGGAGGCCUUUCGUACGGAGUUGAUGACCAGUCUCUUAAGGACGCAUUUACUAAUUUUGGAGACGUGGUUGAGGCAAGGGUUAUAACUGAUAGAGACACCGGAAGAUCAAGGGGAUUUGGAUUUGUCAACUUCUCCAGUGAUGAGUCUGCAAGUAAGGCACUGUCUGCAAUGGACGGGCAGGAUCUAAAUGGGCGAAACAUUAGGGUAUCUUAUGCAACUGAUAGAUCUUCUGGACCACGACCUGGUGGUGGUGGUGGUUUUGGUGGUGGUGGUUAUGCACCUCGUAAUGGCGGUGGCGGUGGUUAUGGUGGUGGUGGUUGGUGAUCCAAUAUAUUCUAAAUUUUCUGGUGCUCGUGCUUAGUUUUGAGAUUUAAUGUUUAUGCCUAAAACUUCGAUUAAGGUAGCUAGUGGAAUGCCGUGUUUUCUUCGGUAACAUUUCUUGGUUACGUUAUUCUAACGACUUUUAUGG